UUAUCAUCUCUAAAUGUCUUCAAAAGCAUUUUUUUCAUUUUCAUUUUUUUUUUUUUGCAGAAAAUGACAUUAAAUUCGCAACAAAGAUCGUCUCAAGCUUCCUUCAUGGACUUGCGGUUAAGGAUGCACAGGAACCAAGCCGAAAAACAGGACCGUCCCGGAACCGGUGGAACCGUACCUGUUUUUGUACCGAACCGAGGAAGGGGUACAGGUAUCGGUCCAAAAUCUGAGAACCGGUCUCUAAGGGUACAGCUCCUCUUUCUCUCCUAUUUUUCUUCAUCCUUCUUCUUCGCAACAACAGUUAAACACUUAAACUUACUGAGGAGAGAUCGAUUGAUUCGAUCCAACUAUUGGGUACUUGAGUUGAAAUCGAACCAAGAGUUACUGGAUCCUAUCAACAAUAAUGCCACCACCAGUGCUGCCAUGGAAUAGAUCUCCACAACCACUUCACCACCACUGCUACCACUUCAAUUCUUCUUUUCGUCAGUGUAGUGUGUAGUACUGCGGCUAUUAGUUAUUAAGACAGCAACACUUAAGAGUUUAAGAAUACUGUAGUAUUGUUUUUGUGUGUGUGUGUCUGUGUGCUUCUGCUUCCUGUAGUGUACUGCAGUCUGCAGCUUUGCUACUUGUUAUUUUUCAUAUUUUCAAGAAUUUGGAACUUUGCUUUGCUAGUAUUAUUGCUGCUUGUUAGUUGUUACU